GCUGCCCCCACUCCCCGCCCCGGGACAGAGCCGGCCGGCUGGGAUGCGGGCGGCCGCCUGGGCUCUCCCCUGAUCGUCCCCGCACCCCAUGGCGCUGCCCUCCUGCUGAGCCCGACCAUGGGCCAGCUGUCUCGGGCGCCUGGUCCUCGGACCCGGAGCCAGAGUCCGCGCGGGUCAGCGCCACAGCCGCUAGAGCCGCCGCCACCGCCGCCGCUAUUGCCGCCGCUGUUGCUGCUGCUGCUGCUCCCGGCGGCCUUCGCAGCCCAAGGUGUGAUCGUGGAAAGCCCCUUGGGAACCUCUGGACUCCCACCAAGAACGCGGGACCAUUCUGAUGGGUACAAGAUUGUCAGCCCCACGCUUUUGAAUGGAGAACUGUGGGAUCCACUCCGUAGCAGCUCAUUUAAGGAUCAUCCAGUGGGGCUGAGUUUCCGAAUAGAAGUGGAUGGCCAGGAGCUGAUCAUUCAUUUGGAGAGAAAUGAAGGCCUCUUGGCUGGCAACUUCACAGCCACCCAUUAUCGGGGAGAUGGCACCGGUGUCUGCCUCGCACAGAAUUACACGGGUCACUGUUACUACCAUGGACAUGUACAAGGACACCCUGAUUGGACGGUCAGUCUCAGCACGUGCUCUGGACUCCGGGGACUUAUUCUGUUAGGAAGCCAAGCCUACAUCUUGGAGCCAUUGAAGGGGGCUGCAGGUAAACACAAGUUCCAGCCAGCAGAGACUCUGAAACCAGCCUGGGGGUCGUGUGGACAGCAGCAGCUCAACGGCUCAGGCAGGACUGUGGAUGGCGCUCAGUGGUCCCCUCACGCGUUUACGAGGAGGCACAAACGGGAAACGCUGAAGACGACAAAAUAUGUGGAACUUGUGAUCGUGGCCGACAAUCGGGAGUUUCAGAGACAAGGAAAAGAUGUGGAGAAAGUGAAGCAGCGUUUAAUAGAGAUUGCCAAUCAUGUGGAUAAGUUUUACAGACCGUUGAACAUUCGAAUAGUAUUGGUUGGAGUCGAAGUCUGGAAUGAUAUCGAUAAGUGCUCCAUCAGUCAGGACCCGUUUACAAGUCUUCAUGAGUUUCUGGACUGGAGAAAGAUGAAGUUACUACCUCGUAAACCCCAUGACAACGCCCAGCUUGUAAGUGGGGUUUACUUCCAAGGGACCACCAUUGGAAUGGCGCCCAUCAUGAGCAUGUGCACGGCUGAGCAGUCCGGAGGUGUGGUCAUGGAUCAUUCAGACAGCCCACUUGGGGCAGCUGUCACCCUGGCCCAUGAGCUCGGUCACAAUUUGGGGAUGAACCACGAUACACUGGAGCGAGGAUGUCACUGUCAGUCCACGACCGAUAAAGGAGGCUGCAUCAUGAACCCCUCCACUGGCUAUCCGUUCCCCAUGAUGUUCAGCAGCUGCAGUAAGAGGGACCUGGAGACUAGCCUGCAGAAGGGGAUGGGCAUGUGCCUCUUCAACCUGCCCAACAUCAAGGAAUCCUUUGGGGGACAGAAGUGCGGCAACGGCUACGUGGAGGAAGGCGAGGAGUGUGACUGUGGGGAGCCAGACGAAUGUACCAAUCCAUGCUGUAACGCAACUACCUGCACCUUGAAGCCUGAGGCUGUGUGUGCCCAUGGACUCUGCUGUGAAAACUGCCAGCUGAAGCCUGCUGGGACAGCCUGCAGAGCCUCCAGUAACUCCUGUGACCUGCCUGAAUUCUGCACCGGAGCCAACCCGCACUGCCCUGCCAAUGUCUACUUGCAUGACGGUCACCGGUGCCACCGCGUGGACGGCUACUGCUACAAUGGCAUCUGCCAGACCCACGAGCAGCAGUGCAUCACCCUCUGGGGACCAGGCGCUAAACCUGCCCCCGGCAUCUGCUUUGAGAGAGUCAACUCUGCCGGUGAUCCCUACGGGAAUUGUGGGAAGGACUCCAAAAGUUCCUUUGCAAAAUGUGCAAUGAGAGAUGCUAAAUGUGGAAAAAUCCAGUGCCAAGGAGGAGCCAGCCGACCAGUCAUCGGUACCAAUGCUGUUUCCAUAGAAACCAACAUCCCCCUGCAGGAAGGAGGCAAGAUUCUGUGCCGUGGUACCCAUGUGUACCUGGGAGAUGACCUGCCGGACCCCGGGCUUGUGCUAGCUGGCACGAAAUGUGAAGAUGGCAAACUCUGCCUCAAUCGCCGAUGUCAGAAUGUCAGCGUAUUCGGUGUCCAUGAAUGUGCCACAAAGUGCCAUGGGCGUGGAGUUUGCAACAGUAACAAGAAUUGUCACUGUGAGGCCGACUGGGCCCCGCCAUUUUGUGACAAGCCGGGCUUUGGCGGGAGCGUCGACAGUGGGCCCAUCCGGCAAGCAGGUAAGCGCGGGCUGACCGUGGCCGUCCUGGUGACGCUCCUCUGCCUGGGUGCUGCGGGCCUCGUCACCUAUCUCAAGAGGAAGACGCUGAUCCGCCUGCUCUUUACCAACAAAAAGACCAAGACGACCAUCGAAAAACUAAGGUGCGUGAGUCCUGCUCGGCCAUCUGGAGUUGUGGAACCAAACCGUACUCGGACCACAAACCUCAGCCACGGUGUGCUCAGAAAGCCUCCCCCCACCAACACGUCAAAGGAGAACUGCAGACGAUUACCGAAGUAUCAGAAUAUUGACAUCAGCAACCCAGUCAAGACCCUUGACUCUUCACUGGCCCUUCACCAGGGGCCAAGUCAUCAGAACGUGCCCGUGAGACCCCUACCAGCCAACCCUCCAACCAGGCAGACCCAGGGAACGCAGAAGCCAAGUCCUCCCCAGAAGCCUUUGCCUGCAGACCCUCUGAGCAAAGCCACUCGGCCUCAUGAAACCUCCAGGAGAACAUCUGGGCAGCCGGAGCCCGGCCAUCGCAUUGUUCCCAUCAGACCCGCCCCUCAGGGCCCCCCGCAGGUGCCCAGAGCCUGGUACUCGGCAGGCAUGAAGUGAGCGGAGCGGCCGGUCAGCAGUGAAGACAAACCGACGUUUGCACUAUCCCGCGGCGGCUGCAGCGGGAGCUCCUUGUUGUGUCAGUGCUUAGACUGUGUCUGAGAGCUCCCGGCUCCGGCCUCCCGCCCUGGGCCGGGCUCCGGGGCUCUGGGGACGUGCUCAGGUACUUGUAAGUUAUUAAUUUAUGACGACUAUUUAUGACGGCGCGGCGGCGCACGGUGGUGAUGCGGGAGCUGUUUGGCCAUCUCGGGGGUUUCCUUGGAAGGGAACCUCCUCCUCCUCCUCCUCCUCCUCCUCCUCCUCCUCCUCCUUGUCUUUCGUGUUUCCGUGAACUUGACACAUUCCGCUUUGUGGGAUUCUAGGCCGAAGGCUGGCUUGGGGAUCUCCGCUCGACGCAGGAGGGGCGCUAAGAGCCAUCGUGAUCCUUAGGAGAGCCGAGAGUGAGCCUCUCGUGAAGCCGGGGAUGCCAGAGCUGUGUGGGUGUCGCCAUCCCCGUCUUCCACCCUUAGCUGGCAGGGGAGCCCCUCCCCCAAACAGGCAGAGAAGGCGGGGACGGAGACGAGGGGGACAGAACGGGGGGUUGGGCAUCCCUCGAAGCUUCAGAGACCUCCUGGACCAAGUGGGAGGCAGCAGAGCCAAGAGCUCGAUCUGAGCCAGGCCCAUGGGGCAGACCAGCUGGAGCGGCUCUCUGGGCCGGGGGAGGGGCUGCGUUCUCCACAUGACAGUCACUGCGGGCUCCUCCCACUGCGGGGGGCUAAGCGGGCGCCUGUGAGGCGGGCACUCUGGGCUCAUUGGAUGGACCGGCCUCUCCGGCCCAGCACGAGCUCCCCCUUCCCCCUCCCUCAGCCUUCCCUCCACGGAGGCCACGAGAGGACGACGUCCAUCUCCGAGCCCCGAGGCCCAAGCCCCAAACCCCGAGUCUGGUCGGCUGCCGAGGCAGCUUCCCGGGGAGAACCUAAAGGGCUCCCAUCUGCUUCCUGUGCCUCGCCCUCCCCUGCCCAGGCUUCCCCCAUUCGUGCUGAGCGCUCAGAGCCGGGCAGGAAGAUGAAGGCCAGGCGCUCCUCCUGCUCCCCCAAUAGAGGCCAACGCACCCUUGCAGGCAUACAAAGGGAGCGGCCUGCCUCCGAGGGGCUGGGGGGGGGGGGGCUCCUGGGGCUCCGCCCUUGCAGGUGGGGCUGGGGGGGGGGCGAUGUCUGCUCGGACUGGUCUCCGGCUCCACCAGUGGGAGGUCCUCGGCGUGUCUCCAGCGCUUCGCUUAGCCGUGACCAUUUCGGCUCCACGUUCUCCGGACAUGGAGUCUGCACCAGCCGCAGGCGGACGGUGCUGUCAGGCCCCAAUUAAGGCGGAAGAGAAGCGAGGCUUGGACGGGCCUCCGAGGGGACGACUCAGGCCAACAUUCCGGACACCCUCUCCAGGCGUGAGGGCUGCCUCGGGCUGGGGCAGAGGGCAGGGAGACCCCCGCCUGGCUCGUAAGAGCUCCUUGAGGCGGGCCUCUUCCGGAAAGCAAAGGAAACGGCCCUCGAUGGGCUCCCGCGCUGGGCCUUCAAACACAACCAGCCUUUCUCGACCUCCUCCUGCCUCCGUUUCCCUUACUUUUCAAGGGGCAGCCCGGCUCCCCCCUCCCCGUGAGGGGGAUUUCCUAUCCCUGGGCAGGGGCCUUCUUCUCUCACAACAGAACAUCCCGACUUCUAUCCAUGGUUCGGGACCCUCCAUCCGACUGGUCACUCCUUUUUUUAACCCUCACCUUGGCGUCAAUACUGUGUAUGGUUCCAAGGCACACGAGUGGUCAGGGCUAGGCCAUGGGGGUCACCCAGCUGGGAAGUGUCUGAGGCCGGAUUUGAACCCAGGACCUCCAAUCUCUGAGCCUGGCUCCCCAUCCACUGAGCCACCCCACUGCCCCGACUGGUCAUUCCUAAUGCUAACAACACAUCCACAACACUGCGGACCAGGCUCUCCAGUAACGGUUUUACAGUGACUCAUUUGAUCCUCACGACAGUCCUGAAUGAUCCCCAUUUUACAGAUAAGUGAACUGGGGCUGGGCCAUCCGACUAGUCAGUGUCUGAGACAGGACUUGGACUCAGGCUCCUCCCAGGCUGUUCACAUGACCCUGGCCUCUGUGCCAAGGCGUGGCGUGACGGGGAAUCUCUGUCCCUCCGCCCUGUCUGUGUGACUCCCCUUCCACAGGGCCAGCUCCCAAGGCUCCGUCACUCCCCCACCCAAGGGAGCCUCUCGGAGAAUUGUGUGCUUGGAGCUCCUCCCGGGCUGGGCACCGGCUCGCCUGUCCACAUUCGCCUGCUGGACCCCUUCAGCCGGUCCCCAAAGCCCGGAACGUUGCUGGCCGGCCUGCGCUGUUGACCGCCUCCACCAGGAAAUCUGAGCCCCUCCAGGCUGCCUGCACUCCCAGAGGGCCCCCCCCCCCCACUUCUCCCCUACCUGCUCCAACGAGAUGCAAAGAUCAGUGUGAGGAAGGCCAGCGUCCACCCCGGCAGAGCCUCGAGAAGGCUGCGGACUUCCCUGCAUCACCCAAUGUCUGCCCGAGGCAAGGCGGCCGCUUCCGGGCCUGCGCAUGAGCUCCGCAGGCUUCUUUCACUUCUAAGGGCGCCCCUGGUACCUGCAGAAACGCAUCCGCAGGGCCGGGACUCCCGAGUCCCGGCGUGAGAAGCUGAGCCUCCUCCAGGGCCUCCUUUGCCCAGAGGCCCGGAUCCAACUAGCCAGGGCAGAACCGCACACGGCAGGGUUGUUGGUUAGGAAGCGAAGCGUAUUGGCGAUCCUGGAAGUCUUCUUGGCGCACUUUAAGGCUUUGAGGCGGCAAACGCUGAUGGCAACACCAGGCCGGCAGGGCCUCGGGGCGAGCUCCGGGCUGUGUGCUGGGGGCAGCUACGGAGGGGAAGGAGGGGGGCAAUGGGCGCCAUCUCUCCUCCUCACCAAGAAGCGCCGCUCAAACUGUGCGUGCUUGAGCGGGUCCCUGCAGGAAGGUGCGGCCGCCUAAGGGCGCAUCGCGGAUAGCCUGCUGCAUCCAUUUAUAAAGCUUCUUUGCUAGACUUUUGUGCGCAUUCCUUGUAUUAAGGUGCUACACCCAGGUGAGGGCGGCCAGAUGUUUCUGUAGAAAAGCCGUCCUGGUUCAUACUCUAUCCAAUAAACCGUGAACAUGUAGGUA